AUGAAGUUUGCAAGUAUGAGAUUGCGGGUUCGAAUCUCUUGUGUUGCACUACAACAAAGAAACUCUGAAGUCUCCUUCAGCAAUCAUAUGGAGAUCAACAAUCUUAUCAACAGGUAUUUUAAGAUUCUGAUAGAACACCUAAAAUUUUUCUCACAAUUAGAGAAAAAGAACAAGAAAGUGUCAACAACGAAACACUCUCAAAUCGACAUGAAGACAACUUAUCAUCAUCAUUUUCUGUUUGUUUGGUGCUAUAUUUUGUUUUUUACCGGAAGAAGAAGGAGGAAAUUAAAUCCGAGACACUAG